AUGAAGCGAUACGAUUGGUUCUCAAGUGCUGAGACCCCAAAGAUCGAUCAUCACAUCCACACUAUCAUCCAUCUCAAGCAUUGUCUGAUCAAUCAGCAAUCCAACUUAAUAAUUAAUUAUAUUGAAGACCCUAACGAGCCUCAAUGGCACGGCUAUGUAUACACUAUACUAUUAGUGACUGUAAAUGUUUUAGUGGCCAUUGUAUUGGCUAAUUAUAAUGAACAUAUUGGCAGUAUUGGUUUACGUAUGCGAUCGUGUCUAAUAUCGGCCAUAUAUCGUAAAUCAUUGGUACUGAGCAACGGUGCCAAACGGCAAACACCUAACGGAGAAAUUAUUAAUCUGAUGGCCAUUGAUUGCCAACGAAUUAGUGAUAAUCUCCAUUACCUGAUAGCACUGUUGUCCGCUCCCAUACAGAUUGCCAUAACAUUGUAUUUAUUAUACGUGCAAUUGGGUGUCACAGCGUUUAUCGGUUUGGCCGUUAUAGUGGUCACACUAGUCAUCAAUACAAUUGCACUGUAUUUUUGUAAACUAAAUCAAAGCCAACAAAUGAAAAUUAAAGACAAAAGAAUUAAUUUAAUGAACCAAAUAUUCAACGGAAUCAAAGUGUUAAAACUGUACGCCUGGGAGGAGGCGUUCAUGGGCUGCAUAACCAAAAUACGCCGAAAAGAGUUACGAAAAUUACAAACAAUGGGUUACCUAAUAGUCAUAUUCAUAGUCCUGUCGUUCAGCUGUCCAUUGGUUGUCCAGUUUAUUACUUACAGUGUCUAUGAAGUCAUCAAUAGUGAUACCGGCAAACAAUUGAGUGCCCAAAAAAUAUUUGUCUCAUUAAAAAAUAUUAACAUGACAGUCGAGGACGGCAUGUUUGUGGCCAUUGUCGGCAAUGUCGGUUCCGGUAAGAGUUCAUUGAUAUCGGCCCUAUUUGGUGAUAUGGAUCUAAUUGAUGGUACCGUAAAUAUUAGGCCAGAUAUAAGCAUAGCAUACGUUCCCCAACAGUCAUGGAUUCAGAAUACGACACUCAAACAGAAUAUUCUGUUUGGAAAACAGUUGAAUACUAAACUUUAUAAUAGAGUUAUAGAUAACUGUGCGCUCAAACAGGAUUUACAACAAUUGCCCGGUGCCGAUGAAACAGAGAUCGGCGAAAAAGGUAUCAAUUUGAGUGGCGGUCAAAAACAAAGAGUAAGUUUGGCCCGAGCCGUAUAUUCCGGUGCCGAUCUAUACUUAUUAGACGACCCGUUAUCAGCAGUGGACAGUCAUGUGGGUAAACACAUUGUAGAUCAAGUACUCGAUUCGCGAACUGGUAUUUUGCGGCACAAAACUCGUAUUUUGGUAACAAAUCAACUAUUUAUGUUACCCGAUGUCGACCGCAUAGUUGUUAUCAAAGACGGAUCAAUCACUGCAAUUGGCACUUACAAUGAAUUGUUGGCAAAUAAUAGAUAUUUUUCCGAUUUAAUACAACAAUAUUAUGCUACUAAUUGUGAUAGUGUUGAUAGCAAUUUAAAUUCAAAUAGCAGUAGUAAUAGUAUCUAUAUUAAAUACGCCAAAUAUGUUGGACACUAUACGUUGGGUAUCCUAAUCACCGGUAUUAUCACAAACAUACUCAUCAAACUGUUAUUAGUUAUCGGUUGUCAAAUGGCUUCACGAAAUUUGCACACAAAAUUGUUGUCGACAGUAAUGCACGCGCCUAUGAAAUAUUUUGAUACGACACCAAUGGGCCGUUUGAUGAACCGGUUUGGCAACGAUAUAGAUGUUUUGGAUAUAGGACUAGUAAUGAAUAUUAGCGGCUUAUAUGAUAAUGCAUUGCAAAUUAUUGGCACAAUUAUUACAGUAUCGAUACAAACACCGUUGUUUUUAAUACCUGUAGCAGUGCUACCCGUUAUUUAUUAUAUAAUACAAAUUAUUUACAUUAAAACUUCUAGACAACUAAAACGAUUAGAGUCGUUAACCCGAUCGCCAAUAUAUUCGCAUUUUAGCGAAACACUAAACGGUAUGUCCAGUAUUAGAGCGUAUGGUUACGGCCAACAGUUUAUCGGUGAAUCCGAUCAUCGAGUGGAUACCAAUCAGAUGUGUUUCUAUCCUAAUAUUGUGGCCAACAGUUGGCUACAGAUAUGGUUGACAACAUUAAGCAAUUGUCUAAUACUUUUUGCCGCACUGUUUUCUAUACUAUCAAAGGGACGGCUGACCGGCGGCCAAAUAGGACUGUCCCUGUCGUACGCCUUGACAUUAACAGGAAAUCUAAACGGUUUGAUUAUGACAUUCUCAAUGUUAGAAAAUAAUAUGGUUUCAAUCGAAAGAAUCGAUGAAUACUGUUCUCUAGAACCGGAAGCUGAUUGGCAGUCAAACCAAAAACUACCCGAAGAGUGGCCAGAGAAUGGAAACAUGCAUUUCGAUGGAUACGGUACUCGAUAUAGGGAAGGAUUGGAUUUAGUACUCAAUAAUAUUGAUGUCAAUAUAAACUCCGGCGAAAAGAUAGGAAUAGUUGGCCGAACCGGUGCCGGAAAGUCGUCACUAACUUUGGCACUGUUUCGACUCAUUGAGCCAGCAAUGGGUCGCAUUGUUAUUGAUGGCAUAGAUAUCAGUAAACUCGGUCUCCAUGAGUUGAGAUCACGGUUGACAAUCAUACCACAAGAACCGAUACUCUUUUCGGGAACCAUUCGCUCCAAUUUGGAUCCGUUCGACAAAUUUUCUGAUGAAGAAUUGUGGACAGUGUUAGAACACUCACAUCUCAAAGAGUUUGUUAUUUCAAGCGGAUCGGGACUCGACUAUUCGGUAGCCGAAUCGGGUGAUAACCUAAGUGUCGGUCAGCGACAACUUAUAUGUCUGGCUCGGGCUCUGCUCCGCAACACUCGCGUCCUUAUCCUCGAUGAGGCCACGGCUGCCGUCGAUGUCAAAACUGAUGCACUCAUACAGCAAACCAUUAAACAAGAGUUCAAGUCCUCUACUAUCUUAACAAUUGCUCACCGAAUCAAUACAAUUAUGGACUAUAAUCGUGUGUUAGUACUAAACAAUGGACGGGUAGCCGAGUUUGCCGAACCCGAUGCUCUACUCAAUGAUCGGACAACAAUUUUCUAUUCAUUGGCUAAAGAUGCCGGUGUUAUAUAG